GUCAUCGCCGGAGAGAUCGAGGAAGAGUAAAAGAGUUGAAGGGAUAUCGAUGUUGGCAUCUACAGAGGUGUCGAAGACAAGGCGUGGGACACAAUAUGGGUCGCAUGUGUCAUCUUCGGAGAAGGUUACGAGGCGAGGGACACCAUAUGGUGGUUCAACUCCGUCUCCUAGACAAUCGAAGAAGCAGAAGGUUACUGGUGGCUCAACUGUGUCUCCUCUUGGAAACUCGAAGAAGAAUCAGGUAGAUGGUGAUGACAUGAAUCCUCCAAGUGAAGAAGAGGAAUUUGGAAAUAUAGAAGAUGAUGGUAGGCGAGAAUUAGAAGAUGGUAGGCUUGAAUUAGAGAAUGAGAAUGGUAUUGCUGGCAUUGAGGAAGAAAACUGUAGAGAUUUGGGUCUACUGUUUGGUGAUGAAGCAAGAAAUGAUGACUGUGAGGUUGAUGAAGACGAAGGGGAUGAUGAUGCAUGGGAUGAUGACAAAAUCCCUGAUCCUGUGUCAUUAGAUGAUGAGAAUGAAGAGGAGAUGAGACCUGCACAAGCUUACAGACCAGACAUUGAUCCAGAGGAGCUCCUUCAGCUUGGCAAGACAUUUUCAGAUGCUGAGGACUUCAAACAUACUUGUCUCAGGUAUACUCUCAAAACCAGAUACAACAUCAAGUACUACAGAUCCAGUAGCUUGAAGAUGAGUGCAAAAUGUGCUGCUGAGAUGAGAGAUGAUGAGGAUCCAUGUCCUUGGAUGGUCUACUGUUCUUAUGAUAAGAGAAAACAGAAGUUGAUGGUAAAGACAUACGUCAAUGACCAUAAGUGUGAGAAGACAAGGCAUUCCAGGAUACUUAAGAGGUCAGCAAUUGCAAGUCUAUUUGCUGAGAGGUUAAGGCUGAAUCCUAAGAUCACAGCGAAGGAGAUACAGACUGAGAUAUUGAGGGAGUAUCAGAUGGAAGUCAAAGAGAACUCGUGCAUUAAGGCCAAGACGAAGUUGAUGAGAGAAAGGAGGAAGACCCAUGAGGAGCAUUUUGAUAAAAUCUGGGAUUACCAAGCAGAGAUCUUCAGGAGCAAUUCUGGAUCAACCAUGGACAUUGAGACCAUACCAGGAGCCACGGUUGGAAGCAAGCAGAGGUUCUACAGGCUCUACAUGUGUUUUGAAAUGGGACAUCAAGGGACAGUUGUUGGCUGCUGUCGGAAGAGAUGGAGACAAUAGGAUUGUCUCUAUUGCUUGGGAUGUAGUGGAGAUAGAGAAUGAUACAAACUGGGAUUGGUUUGUGAAGCGUUUGGCCUUAGAUUUGGGAUUGGAAGAUGGGACACGAUUAGUUAUAAUGUCUGACAAACAAAAGGUAAACACUUUGCUUUCAUGAUCUUCUGUGAAUGUUUGAUUCUUGUUUCUGAUUUUUUUUUUCUGAUCUUGUAAGGAUUAGUGAAGGCAGUUCAUACCCUCCUUCCAGAAGCUGAGCAUAGGUAGUGUUGUCGCCAUAUAUACGAGAACUGGAGGAAGGGUGGAAAAGAUCUAAGGUUACAGAGGUUCUUCUGGUUCAUUGCAAGGAGCUACACUCCUAGUAUGUUCAACUACAACAUAGAUGAGCUUAAGAACUAUGAUCCAAGCGCACAUGCAUCUCUGAUAAAGACAAAGCCAGAGACUUGGUCUAGAGCUUUCUUCAAGAUAGGCUCCUACUGCAAUGAUAAUCUGAACAACUUGUGUGAGUCCUUCAACAAGACCAUCAGGGAGGCUAGGAAGAAGCAUCUGCUCGACAUGUUAGAGGAGAUAAGGCGCCAAUGUAUGACUAGGAACUACAAUAGGUCUAAGAUGGCUAUCGACAGGAAGACUAGGUUCACCAUGAAGACACAUAAAGAGUUAGACAGGGUUGAGAAGAAGUCCAAAGGGUGUAUACUGCGUUGGGCAAUUGGGCCAGAGACUGAGGUGGAGUAUAAAGACCAGUCAUAUGUUGUGAGUUUGGAGAAGGAGACUUGUGCAUGUCGAAGCUGGCAAAUGAAUGGUAUUCCAUGCAUCCAUGCUGUUAAGGUCAUCCUUGGUGCGAAAAUAAAACUUUCUGAAUUUGUUGCUCCUUGCUACACAACUUCUAAGUGGCGUGAAACGUACAGUUAUGGGAUCAGUCCUGUAAAUGGGAUGAUAAAGUGGCCUCAGACCAAUAGAUUAGGUGUGAUUCCACCACCUAAUCGAAAGUGCAAUCUUGGUAGGCCUAAAAGCCAUGAUAGAAAGAAAGGAGCCAAUGAAACAAGGUCUACUACCAAGCUGAGCCGUGUGAAUAGAGUUAUGACAUGCUCUAAUUGCAAAGAAGAAGGCCAUUACAAGAAUACAUGUAAGAAAGCUUCUAUUCUGAGUUCACCUAAAAAACCAAGAGGCAGACCAAGGAAAUAUCAAGUAAGGGUCUUAGUUUUUUAGCUAUUGGUAAUGUGUCUGAGCUUUUUGAGGUUAUUGACAAUUCAUUUAUAUGAUACAGGGAUUACCUUUUGAAGAGUCACAAGCUCAAUCCUCCCAAGCUCAAUCCUCACAAGCUCACUCAUCACAAGCUCAAUCCUCCCAAGCUCAAGCAUCACGAUGGAAAGUUCCCCAAUCUUCACAAGCAUCACAGACAUGAGCGUGGGGAAGAAGGUUCUCUUAGAUCAAUUUUAAAUGCUUUUGGAACAAGAAUUACUCUUUUGUUUUGUUGUGUGAUGAUGAUGUUGUCUCUAUCGGAAUGCUUAUGUUUUGUUGUGUGAUGAUGAUGGUGUCUUCUGGUUUAUGUACUUCUUUUAUUUUGCUGUUUUGUUAAACAAUGAUGAUGGUUGUGUGAUGAUGAUGGUUGCUGUUUUGUUGUGUGAUGAUCGAUUUACAAUCAAGAAGUAAACAAAGUCUUACAUUAACCAUAACAUAAACAGUCUUAAAAGAUUAGACUUACAUAAACCAUAAGUCCAAAUCACUGAAACCAUUAGAAUUACACAAACAUAGUAUCCUAGUUCAAAGGCAACCCAUUUCCAUAAAUCAAACAUGAUCAACACAAGACAUAUCACAAUUCAAAGACAACCCAUUCCUAGUUGCUAUUUUCUCAUGAUCAACACAAGACAAGAAACUGAUGCCACCAGCAAACCCACUUUCAUGAUCACAUUCAGCUUCUUAAGUUCAUUGCUCGCCUUCCUGACAUCUUUCAACUCUUCCUCCAUAGUUUUGAGGCUGUCGAUCUCCAUUUUGAUUUUCCUCAGAUCCAAUGCAAAGCACUCAACUUUAGGCAAUGCAUCGUGAACCUCUUCGUAGACAGCUUCAUCUACCCAUUUAUACAAGUGAUCCUGGACACAAAUCAUGUACACAAGCUUUAUGUUCAAACAAUUUCUCACUACCUAGCCAUUGAAGCAUAAGCUUAAACACAAUCAAUUGCACCCAUAAUCAAAUUAAACACUUACAUUUCAAAACGUUGGGCAUCUAAAGAAAGUUCUUCCUGGAUUUUCCUUCGUUUUUGAUGUGUAUAUCCCAUUUCAUCGACCACAGCCGCAUUGCUCUGGGAUACCACGAAUACCCAUUGUAUUCACAGACGAAUCCUCACAACCCGAACUCAUCAUGCGCUACUCGAAGAAGGAAAGGUGAGAAUCGAGAUUCUUAAGGAAGAAAUUGAAGAGAAUCGAGCUUGAAUCGCAGAGUUCUUUCUGGAUUUAUGAUUUUGGAAAUUUAGGGUUCAUAGCCAUCUGAGGAGAAAACGACGCGUUUCUUUUUGAAUCAUUUAACUCGGCUUCAAACACAAUAUAAAGAACUCUGUUCGUCAAUCUAUUGCAAAGUCCACUAGCUCUGUGGCAAAACCCCUACCAUUAAACUCGAGAGCACGAGUUCGAUACGAUGGAAGCCCAUUUUUUUUAAUAACAAAGCCGUAUAAAACGACGUCGUAUACUUUAACACCCAAAAUUAACGUCGUCUAAAUUAUCUGUUAACUCGGUUAACGGUGUGUUAAUCUGGUCAGUCAAUCGUAAAUUUUUUAAUAAACUAAAAAAGUCAACAAAAGUUCAGUGUUUUAUUGGCCAGCCAAUAUGUCCAGGUUUCUUUUGGCAAUUCGUGCAAAGUUCGCGAUUUUUUUGGCUGAAUUUCCGAAAAGAAAGAUAUGUUUGGGUGGGUUAGUACAGAGCUUAGUAGUUUGGGGGGGGGGGGGGGAAUAAGUAGGGUUUAUGUGUCUAGGGGGGAGAAUAGGCAGCCAACCCUAUUAAUAUUCGUGAUUUACUGAUUACUAACAAGUCGUUUAUUAUGACAAACAUUUUCAAUAUUAUUCUCAAGCUAUGAUAAAUAUGAUUCCUAGGGUAAUCCUCUGAGGAAUCAUUUUCUGUGUCCCUAGCCAAAUCAAAAACUUUGUCUCUGCCAAUUUAAGAGUAUUCAUGUGAUCCAUAUAUAUAUAUAUAUAUAUUACUAAAAACUUUAUUAUUUCUUUAUUUCCAAAUAUACAACAAAAUACUAGCAAAUUGUUGAUCAGACAUGCGUGAUGAAAUCCUUCAAUACAUGUAAUCCAUAUUUGCGAAAAGUGACUGAGAUGGAAAAUUAUCCAGAUUCGAUGAGACCUGUGAGAGUGCGCAACAUGUGCCACCGGUGGGCACUCAAAAAAAGACGUAGUCAAAUGAUUCUUCCGCUGCUCCACAUCGGGCACACUGUAUACCCCCUUGGAAAUCUCAUGAUCGCAAAUUUUUAUUUACCGAUAUACAUCCUGACACUAUAUACCAUAGAAAGUGUUUUAUUUUCGGUGGACAUCGUAUUUUCCAAGAAAAAGCCAUUAAAGGGGUAACAUUUGGUCCAUAUGUUGUCACUUUUUUUUUUCUCUGUCUCAAUAUACCCUUUCCACUUGAUAACCCGACUUCACUGUGUAUUUUCCAUUUUUUUGUGAAAUGCCAUCCAUCUUGAUCGACCAUCUGACUCCUACUUAACAGUAUACUUUCUAUAAUCUUUUCUAGCUUCGUGUGAAUCCACCAGAGACCAUAUGACCUGUGUAUUCCACAUCCGUGAUGUGACAUUGAUGAGAGAGUCUACUAAAAUAUCAGGGUAAAAGUUUUGUUGGUUACUAAUUGUUGGUUUCAGGCGAGUGGUUGGGAGCCAUUGAUCAUUUCAUACUAAAACAGAAGAUCAUGAUCCCACGUUUUUGAUUAGUCCUUUGCUAACUAGACAUAUAGCAGAUACAAUAUGAUGCCAUAUGAUUUAUUUCCUAGUUUAGGCGGGGAAAUGUGAUUUUUAUGAGUUUGACAAAAAUGUGAUUUUGCGGGUUUGACAAAAAUGUGAUUUUGAAGGGAAAACGAUUUUACGGUUUUGGCAGAAAAACCAUGUCAUAUAAUAUCAAAAUGUGAUAUCUAAAAUACUCUAUACAUAUGUGUUUGUAAAGUUCAGUGAUUAAUCAAAGAAUACUCAAAAAUUAGUUUUAAAUAUUUUUCUUGAUUUUAGAUGAAGUUGUAUAAAUAAAUCAAGCCUGGUGGUAAUAAAAGAGUAUUUUAGACAUUAACUCCGUAGUUCAAAUCGCCAAGAGCUCAUUUUUGUUACCUUUUAUGUUUUUUUUUUCAAUAACGGAAAAAUUGUAGUUAUAUUAUCUUCUACCUCACGAUUAGUUUUUAGGUUUUCUGCAUAAUUUCCAAAGUUCUCAACUAUCGAUUCACUUUAAAUCAACAAACUUUUGUGUGUUUUAACGUUUUGCAUCAAAAUUUUAAAAUAUUUGUUAAUAAUCGACCUACACAAAAUUAUGUUGAUGAACUAAAUUUUUUGGCAUAAUAUGCCAAAGUCAUCACAGUGGAUCACCGCCAUUCCAACGUCGUGUACUCAGAUUCAUCCUCACUGUCGCACCUCCACUCGUGUUUAGAUCAAAGCUCCUCCAAGGACAAGGAACAGUUGCGGAGACUCGAGAGAUCAAUGCUCAUCUUUUUUUUUUGUCUCCAUCGUCUUUUACAUCAGCUUCAUCCUCACCGUCACGGAUCCAUUCGUUUCAAUCUCGAAGCUUCAAUUCUUUUUUUUAACGAAUCAAAGCCCCUUUUAUUUCUGCAAUUGUAUUUCUAUAUUUGUGUUAAAACAAUUAAAUUUGCCUAUCUUGUAUCGAGAGAGAGAAGGAAAGUGACAAACUUUAAAAAUUGUAGGGUCACUUUAUUUAACUGAGGAUAAGGUCAGUUGACCAUAGUUUGGUCUUUAGUCACAAAUACUAUUUCAGUAGCAAUAAGUGACUUAUCUAUUACAAUAAAGUAGAAAAUUAUCACUUCUCAAGCCUCCACCUCAGUACUCAUAUCUUUAAAAUUCGCCACGUGGACCCUUAUUUUACUAAAUUAAAUCUCGUUCAAUUCUUCUCCAUCUAUUUACGCUCACAUCGUGGGUUUAUGAGCUUUCUAUUACAAAAUGUAAUUCAUCUCAUCGGGCCCGUUUUAGUCUAGGGUUUUCUUUGUUUCUCUUUUGUUCUUCGUCUUACGUAUUUGUGCCUCUCCGGCAAUGUCUUCCGAAACGGCUGACGGUUCUGUUUCUCAUCCCUUUAAUCACAGCAUUAACUUCAAACCCACUACUCAUCCCACUCUCCAUCGAUUAAAUAUGAUCAUUAUUAUCAAAGGUAAUCUCUUGAAUCUGUGGACUAUAAGUAUCUCCGUCAACUCAUUUACAGUUGUUUUUGAUCAAUAGUGAAUUAGUUCCGAAUGCUUUUGUGUAGUUUGUUUGAGGAAGGCUCAAACCAGAUGGGCACAUCAUCGAGCUAUUUCAUUCCCAGAAGUUAGAACCCAUGAUUGUUUCUGAGCUUAACCAAUAUGUCCUCACAGCUGAUACUCAGGUGAGAGAAAUAUUAGUAGUGUUAUGUUAGUCUCCCAAAUGUCGGUCUUAGUUGUUUAAUACCUCUUAGUGAUUAUAGACAAUUGACGUUCUGUGACUUUUGCAAAUGGAAGCAGCACAACUCCGGUGACAAUAUCGGAUUGGAAUUUUAUCGAAAUUUAAGUACAUCUUGAUCAGUUCAUCAAAUUAUGGGUACUGAUUCUAUCUGCAAACCUUAUUUUAUUUAUUAUAUAUAAAAUAUAUCCAUGUUCUUGACAUUGCAUCUUUGUGGUAUUUCUUUGGAAAAGUCGGAUUCUUUUAUUUUUUGUCUUACGAGGAUGAUCAUUUGGGCACUCAAAUUUCAUGGGAAGAUAUUGUUCAAAGAGAUCUCGCUUAUGGCAACCAUCAGAGAACAUGAUCCUGAUAAGGUGGAAUCUCAAGGGUGUGUCUAGAGUUCGCAUGGGAAGCUAAAGGAGAGUAUAAAGGCACUUCUAGGUAUAAACUCAUAACUAGGCUUAAGUUUGUAAUACAUUUGGAAAGAUUUUACUUCAAAAGUCAGAACAUUUCAGAGUUCCGGUUAGGAUUUUAAUUUCUUAAAAAAUGAUAUCUGAAUAUAUGUACACAAUUGAUUUUUAUGAUCUCUGUUGCAAAGUCUGGCUUCUUCGUUGCAUCUUCCCUAAUGUGCUCUUUUGUGGUUCUGUUUAUUUAGAUUGAAACCGAGAAGUGGAGGCUUUGUAGACCUUACAGUAUGACAGUAAGUUUUUCGUUAAUUAAAUUCUGACAGCGUCAAUGGUUCGGGCCUAUGUCACGGUGAUGCCUCCUCUUCUGACUGUUGUACCUGACUGGCACAUAUGGUAGAGAACGCAUUGUUUUCGGAACUCUGAAAUGUUCUGACUUUUGAAGUAAAAUCUUUCCAAGUGUAUUACAAACUUAAGCCUAGUUAUGAGUUUAUACCUAGAAGUGCCUUGAUACUCUCCUUUAGCUUCCCAUGGGAACUCUAGACUCACCCUUGAGAUUUCACCUUAUCAGGAUCAUGUUCUCUGAUGGUUGCCAUAAGCGAGAUCUCUUUGAACAAUAUCUUCCCAUAAAAUUUGAGUGCCCAAAUGAUCAUCCUCGUAAGACAAAAAGAAGAGAAUCUGACUUUUCCAGAGAAAUACCACAACGAUGCAAUGUCAAGAACAUGAAUAUAUUUUAUAUAUAAUAAAUAAAAUAAGAUUUGCAGAUAGAAUCAGUACCCAUGAACUGAUCAAGAUGUACUUAAAUUUCGAUAAAAUUCCAAUCCGAUAUUGUCACCGGAGUUGUGAUGCUUCCAUUUUCAAAAGUCACAGAACAUCAAUUGUCUAUAAUCAGUAAGAGGUAUUAAACAACUAAGACGAACAUUUGGGAGACUAACAUAACACUACUAAUAUUUCUCUCACCUAAGUAUCAGCUGUGAGGACAUAUUGGUUAAGCUCAUAAACAGUCAUGGGUUCUAACUUCUGGGCACGAAGAAUCUCGAUGAUGUGCCCGUCUGGUUUGAGCCUUCCUCAAACAAACUACACAAAAGCAUUCGGAUUAUAUUCACUAUUGAUAAAAAACAACUGUAAAUGAGUUGACGGAGAUAUUUAUAGUCCACAGAUUCAAGAGAUUACCUUUGAUAAUAAUGAUCAUAUUUAAUCGAUAGAGAGUGGGAUGAGUAGUGGGUUUGAAGUUAAUGCUGUGAUUAAAGGGAUGAGAAACAGAACCGUCAGCCGUUACGGAAGAUAUUGCCGGAGAGGCACAAAUACGUGAGACGAAGAACAAAAGAGAAACAAAGAAAACCCUAGACUAAAACGGACCCGAUGAAAUGAAUUAUAUUUUGUAAUAGAAGGCCCAUAAACCCACGAUGUGAGCGCAAAUAGAAGGAGAAGAAUUGAACGAGAUUUCAUGUAGUAAAAUAAGGGUUCCACGUGGCGAAUUUUAAAGAUAUGAGUGCUGAGAUGGAUGCUUGAGAAGUGACAGUUUCCUACUUUAUUGUAAUAGAUGUCUAGGAAUGAUGAUAGUUCUAUUUUUGAGAGGGGUUUCUUGGAUAGAAAAAAUGUUGAGGUUGACUUUGAUUUUAUAGUGCUGCUUGAUAACCGUUGCUUUAAGGUAUUUGUUAUAGGGUAAUGUUUUUAUUUGUUUAAUAAUUCUUAGAAUAGUUAAAGUUUUAAAUUUUGUAUUUCUACCUUGAAGCAAUAUUUUAACGGAUGGAAAAACGUGUUCAGUUUUGCUGUAAUGGAUUUGAAGGUUAGGGAUGGUUUUUUAUUUUCUUUCACAAAAGAGUGAUAGUCAAUUUAGCUUAUUAGCUUUAUCAAAUUGUAGCUAAAGCAAAAUGUCAAAACAUAAUCUUCUUGGAGUUUUCCAUCUGUUUGAAUAACAAUUUCAAAUUCAGCUUCUAGAAUAAAAUAUAGGAAACUCAAUUUACAUUGCAAUCCAUAAAAUAUAUUGCAGUUUUUAAAAGAAUACGUGAAGAAAGACCAUAUCUUCCUCUAAUUUAAUAUGUUUGUCAUACCAUUUUAUGUGUGAUAAAAAUAUAUUAUUUUCUAAAAUAAAUAAAUUUCAAUGGGACCCCAUUGUACUCUAAAAAACCAAAAUUUGACGCUCCAACCAAAAGCUUAACAUUGUAAAAAUGUGCAUUGGAAAAAUAACAAACCACAGAAUUAAUUAUAAAAACAUAAAAUAAUUAUAAAAAUUAAAUAUACAGUAAUCAGUUUUACUCAAAAGAAAAUAAUUAACCAACAAAACAAUAUAAUAUACAAUACUUUCUAAUAUCUUAUCCGUUCCAAAUAGAUCUAUGUUUUAGAAUUUUCACACAUAUUAAAAAAAAAUAUAUUAAAUAUUAAUUCUUAAUGCAUUGUUCAUUUGGAAUUAUUCAUUUUCCAUAACUUUUGAGCUAUUGAAUUUAAUACACAAUUACUUUUGAGAAAUACUCUUAGAUAGUCCUAAAAUGUUUUGGGGAAAUUUCAUAUUUACGAAUUUUAUGGUACACCAUUAUUCAUCUUUACCUUCAUUAAAAGAAUAAUUUCAAAAAUAUCUUCUUCAUUAAGUGGCAAAAUAAUUUAUACAUUUGUUGCUAUAUAUAUAAUAAAUAAUUAUUUAAAUAAAUAAAAUAAAAAAAAAAUAUUUUUUAUGUUUUUAAAUGAUAUUUUUUUCAAAUUCGAACUUUUUUAUAAAAAAAAAUUUGAAUCUUUUUUUUUUAUUUUUUAUUUUUUCAAAAUUUCUUUUUGAAAAUCAAAAAUUAUUUUUGAAACUAUUUUUAAAUAUUUUUUAUAUUUUCUUAAGUAUUUAUUAAUAUAUUUAUUAGAAUCCUAAAUUUCACAUUCCAAAAACCCGAUCACACACCCCUCUAUUAUAAACCGUAAGUCUAUAUUAGUUAACCCUAUGGGUAUAAUAUUUUUUAACCUUCAUUAAAAGUGAGGAUAAAAGUGGUUAGUGUAAACAUGGAAAAUGGUUUUAUGAAUGUGGUAUUGUGACAAUUUCCAAAAACAAAAUUCGUCACAAAUAUAGUCUAAAGAACCAAAAUGACUAAAAUAUUUCAUUAAAGAGGUAAAUAUAUAUACUUAUACACAUAGGGUUAACUAAUCUACCUUGAGGAUUAGAGUGAAGGGGAGGUAUUUUGGCGUGAGGAUUAAAAAUUUUAAAAAUAAAAUAAAUUUUAAAUUUUAAAUAUAUUUUUUAAAAUAGUUUCAAUAAGCAUUUUCGAAUUUCAAAAAUAAAAAAAAAAUUGAACAAAAUUUUUUUUUUUUUAUAAAUAGUUCAAAUUUGAAAACAUAAAAAAAUUCGAAAUUAUAAUUUUUAUUAUAUAUAUAUAUCAAGGGGUAGAUUUGUCUUUUGGCUCUUAAAUGAAACAUAUUUUGACGAUUUUUUUCUUUGAUAACUUUUUUGUGAAAAAACUUUUAAAUGUGUAUUUAGGAAAAGUGCCCUUAUUUUUUUGAAAAUAUUAAAAUAAUGUUUUGCAAUUAUUUUUUAAAACAUGGAUAUUUUUGGAAUAGAGAAAAUAUUUAAUAUUUGAAUAUACCAAACAUUAGUUUUUGACGACAACAAAAUACAUUUUCUAAUUACUAUGUAAUAUCCAUCAACAGUACGAUGACAUUUAAAAAUAAGAUAAUGAUUUCUCAGACAAAUAUCUUUUUUUCUCCAAACAUCCAUACCCAUUUACACUAGAUGUCUCCACCAACGCAGUUCGUCCCCUCAUACAUAUAUCAUAUGAUUGGUUCAUAGUUUUCCGAUCAGAUAGACUAAUUAGCUCAUUCCACAUACAAAGAAACUAGAUACUCAUAAGUGCUUAUUACUCAAAAGUGUUCAGAUAAAACCACAAAGACAUUUCAUGUAAAGAAAUUAUUGUUGCCUAUUCACAUUUCCUGAUAAUAAAAUCUUAAGACUGAUGUAAUCAAAAUACAUUAUAUAAUAUUAAGUAAUAAAUAACAUCCUAUAGCAAAAAGAUUAUGUAGUCACCAUCUCAAAAACAAUAUAUUUAAAAAAAUGUUUUAACGAAAAGAAUGCUUGAUGUAUCAUCAAGAAACAUUAAAUACAUCUAUUAAAAGACUAAUUAUUUGUUACCAAUAUAACUAUUUAAAGAGAAGCUAACUUCACAAAGUUCACUCUACGGAUAACAAUACACCAAAAACAAUAAAUGCCAAAAGACAUAUCGGAAAACAUCAAUGUGUUUCUAGAUUUUGUCUUCUUCGAAUCCUCCAUAUGCAAUUGUUGGGUCGUACAUGUAGAAACAAGUAGGAGGAUUUGAAUUGCUAGAAUUGCGUAUUUAAGAAACCACAAUAGUAUGUUAACCUUACCUACACAAUGUCUGAAAGUAGAAUAUUUCUGAAUAUACAUUUUGUUACUUACAUUUACUUUAAACCGUAUACUACCACAAGCAAACUUUAAUAGGAAAAAACGUUUUUCGAGUGUGUUUCAUACUAAAUAACUCAAACUACUACCUUACAUUAUUCUUCUUUUUACACUCACUUAAAAUGCAUUUAUAUUGAAAUUCUUUUUACCAGCGACCCAAAUUAUAUUUUAGUUUUCAAAUAAAUAGAUAUGUUAUUUGUUAGCUUCCAAACAAUUAUUCAGUACUCACAUUUGAAUAAACAUAACAAUACACAACAUAUACAAGUACACAAUCAAAUGAUAGAAAAAUGUAGUUAAGCUUCAAGUGCAUCAGACAAACUGAAAUAUUUGAAAUGAAAUUUGUCAGACUAUACGUCUAAAUAUUAACUUACAAUAUAAAAAUAAUAUGUUAUAAUAAACAUUAUAUUAUAUAAUUAUUAACUAUCCCGCGCGAAGCGCGGACAAACCAGUAGUAGUGAAAUAAAAAGACAAAAUGUGACGGGGACUGUAAAUCACUCUUUGACAAAUGGAUUGGGUCAAUCCAUAACUCAUUUAGGUUAAUGACUUAAUGAUUAACCCAUAAAUAACAAUUUUAUAGUUGAAGUGGUUAUUAAGUAAACAAUAUUAAUUUUGGGGCUGAAAAUAAAAUUAUCGAUUAUACUUUGAUGGUUUUGCGGAAAGCACAAUUUUACCGUUUGGGUGAGAAACAUGAUUUUUCAGUUAUUUCGGAAAAAAACUUGAUUUUACAGUUUUUAUGAGAAAAUGGGAUUUUGCGGUUUUGACAAGAAAACACAAUUUUUUGGUUUAGCGGGAAAACUCAAUUUUACAGUUUUGGCGGGCAAACAUGAUUUUGCGGUUUUGGCCCGAAAAUAUGAUUUUAUGAUUUUGGUCAAAAACCGUAUACAUUUUGUUACUUACAUUUACUUUAAACCGUAUACUACCACAAGCAAACUUUAAUAGGAAAAAACGUUUUUCGAGUGUGUUUCAUACUAAAUAACUCAAACUACUACCUUACAUUAUUCUUCUUUUUACACUCACUUAAAGUGCAUUUAUAUUGAAAUUCUUUUUACCAGCGACCCAAAUUAUAUUUUAGUUUUCAAAUAAAUAGAUAUGUUAUUUGUUAGCUUCCAAACAAUUAUUCAGUACUCACAUUUGAAUAAACAUAACAAUACACAACAUAUACAAGUACACAAUCAAAUGAUAGAAAAAUGUAGUUAAGCUUCAAGUGCAUCAGACAAACUGAAAUAUUUGAAAUGGAAUUUGUCAGACUAUACGUCUAAAUAUUAACUUACAAUAUAAAAAUAAUAUGUUAUAAUAAACAUUAUAUUAUAUAAUUAUUAACUAUCCCGCGCGAAGCGCGGACAAACCAGUAGUAGUGAAAUAAAAAGACAAAAUGUGACGGGGACUGUAAAUCACUCUUUGACAAAUGGAUUGGGUCAAUCCAUAACUCAUUUAGGUUAAUGACUUAAUGAUUAACCCAUAAAUAACAAUUUUAUAGUUGAAGUGGUUAUUAAGUAAACAAUAUUAAUUUUGGGGCUGAAAAUAAAAUUAUCGAUUAUACUUUGAUGGUUUUGCGGAAAGCACAAUUUUACCGUUUGGGUGAGAAACAUGAUUUUUCAGUUAUUUCGGAAAAAAACUUGAUUUUACAGUUUUUAUGAGAAAAUGGGAUUUUGCGGUUUUGACAAGAAGACACAAUUUUUUGGUUUAGCGGGAAAACUCAAUUUUACAGUUUUGGCGGGCAAACAUGAUUUUGCGGUUUUGGCCCGAAAAUAUGAUUUUAUGAUUUUGGUCAAAAACUCAAUUUACUGUUUUUGCGGAAAAACUCGAUAUUACGAUUUGGCUGAUGAGCAUGAUUUUUCGGCUUUGGCAAAAAAACACUAUUUUGAGAUUUUGAGAUUUUGAGAUUUUGUGGGAAAACUCAGUUUUAUAGUUACUGCAAGAAAACACGAUUUUAUGGUUUUAGCUGGAAAACAUGAUUUGCGGUUUUGUUGAAAAAAAUGAUAUUCUGGUUUUGGAAGAAAACUCGAUCUUAUAGUUUUAAAAGAAAAACUUAAAUUUACGGGGUUGUCGAAAAAAUGAUUUUGUGGUUUUUGUGGAAAACGUGAUUUUACGGUUUGGCUGGAAACAUAAUUUUGUGGUUUUUGUGGGAAACAUGAUUUUGCGGUUUUUGUGGAAACACGAUUUUUCGAUUUUUUUUUUUUUGGGGGGGGGGGGGGGGGGAGGGGACACAUAAAUUUUCGAUUUUGGGGAAAAUAUGAUUUUGCAAUUUAGGCUCGAAAAUAUGAUUUUGUGACUUUGGCGGGAAUACUUUAUUUUAUGGUUUUGGCUGAAAAUAAAAUUUUGCAGUUUUUGUGAGAAACACAUAAUUUUUACGGUUUUGGCGAGAAAACAUGAUUUUGUGGUUUUGACGAGAAACAUGAUUUGUGGUUUCGGCGAGAAAGCGAGAUUUUGGGAUUUUGGUUAAAAAAUAAUUUACGAUUUUGGUGGAAAGACUUAAUUUUUACAGUUUUGGUAAAAAAAAUUAAACUUGGCUUAUAAAAAAAAAGCAAAAGAUAGUAUUUAUAUAUAUGAGAAAUUGGUUAUUGACACAAAAAAAUUAUGUGAGAAUUUGGAUUCGUUUUUUUUUUAUUAAAAUUAAUUUAGGUAUAUGAGAAAAUAAAUAAAAUUUAGUGUAGUUAAAUUGUUUAGAAAUUUGGUUUGAAUAUUCUUUGUUUAUAAUUUAAUUUAAUUUAAAUUUAUUUAUUUUUUAUAAUUUUUUAUUGGUUUGGUUAUGGAUGAUAACUCAUUAUUCAUUACAGUCCAAACUAUUUUAAUCAAAUCCACUAAGUCUAUUAACCAAUUUUAUCCUUAAACCAUUUGUACCUAAUCACUAAGUCUAUUACCCAAUUUUAUCCAUUAAACCAUCUGUACCUAAUUUUUUUUAUCAUUAAAAUCUAUGGAUUGGAUUGGAUUGCCUCGUUAAUUUUUAUCCAUUUUCAAACCCUUAGUUUCAUCCAUGUGUCUACCGAGCAUAAGUAAGCAUAAAAAAUAUACAUAUUUAAUAUAAGUUGAUGGGGCUUUAAAAUAUUUUUAAAAAGACUUUAACAUAAUUAAGAGAAUUUUUAGCUAUUUGCUUUACAAUUUGUUUGUACGAAAUCAAACACUAAUUAAAUGGUUAAUAGUGAAAUAUUUUUUGGAUUGUGUAUAUAUUCUUGAAGGUGAGAGACUAUAUCAAUGAAUUAAGGGAUGAGUAUCUUGAGUUAAUUGAAUAAUCAUUCUAUCUAAAAUUUGUAAGCAAUGCAAUUAACAUAUUAACUAGUAAGAUUCUAAAUAUUAAUAUAUUUAUUUAUAUUUAUAUUGUAUUAAGUUUCAAAUCCUUAGCGGGAAUAAUCAAACGAUUUUGUUUUUCAUAGACAAAAUUAAGCCUUUCACAGUUAGUAAACUAUAUUUUUUUGUCGUAAUCCGCAUUUUUCAAUAAAAUAAAGCAAUUUCUAUUUAAUCUAUUUAAACAUGAUCAUAAGAAAGUACAUAAAUGUGCUCCCGAAAAAGUGGAUAUAGAGUUCGAAAUGGUGAACUGAGGUAGAGUAGACCGAUGAUCAUGCAGUCAUUUGGCCGGCUAUUGAAAGAAAAAUGUAUAUGCUUUAAGAAGUUUUACACUUUCAAAAAUUCUCGGUAUGUAAUUAGAGAUGGCAGUUCAAGAGCUUACCCGCGGGCCUGACCCGAAAAGGCCCAUUGCGGGGCGGGAUUAGGUAAAGAUAUUGUGGCCCGUUUAGUUGUGGGUCUCGCGGGACAGGACCGCGGCGGUACUAGGCCGAAGCGGGACGGGCCGAAGCGGGAUGCAGGCAAACAUUAAGGCCCGCUACACUUUUCUCACCGAGAACAGAGCUAAACGGUGAUCGGGUGAUUUGUGUUUCUUCCCUUUCAAUCGACAAUCAUAAGCUCUUGUACACAACUCAUCUUUUUUGCAUGCGAUCAAAGACUCGCCUUCUUCUUCUCUUCUCUUCUCUUUUCGUUUCUUCAUCUCUUUCCGUCUCUUUAGUUUUUCUUCUUCGAUCAACGACCACAUGUUGUUUCGUUUAUGCAGGUAUGAUGAACCGACGUCCCGCGGGCCGACCCGCAAAGCCCAUGUACUAUGCGGGGCGGGAUUGGUCAGCCUUCGACAAGACCGCAUCCAGCGCGGGCCUGUCCUGCUGAGACCCGUUUGAACUGAAGACCGUGGCGGGGCGGGACGGGAUGGGAAGACCCAAUUGCCAUCUGUGAGAUAACAAACUAAGUCUCACAUUGGAGAAUUAGACAAAUAGUGUCUAAUAUAUAAAGAGAUGUUCAACUCUAAUAGUACGAGGCCUUUUGGAAAGGAAACCAAAAGUAAUUCCAUGCGGAUCAGCCUCUAAGGCCCAAAGUGGACAAUAUCGUACUAUAAGAUAAGAUAGAGUUGGACACGGGAUUUCGCAAUCCCAACAAUUGGUAUCAUAGUAUUUGACGAGCCCUUCGAGAGAUGAAUGGUAUCCUAUGAGUUAGAAAUGAGAGGUGUGUGGCAGAGAUCAAGUCAAAAGAUUCUGGAAGUCAGUUGUAGAACACGAAAUGAAUAUGAUCCUUAGUUUGAGGAGGAGAAUGUGAGAUAACAAACUAAGUCUCACAUUGGAGAAUUAGACAAAGAGUGUCUAAUAUAUAAAGAGAUGUCCAACCCUAAUAGUACGAGGUCUUUUGGGAAGGAAACCAAACGUAAAUCCAUGCGGGUCAGCCUCUAAGGUCCAAAGUGGACAAUAUCGUACUAUAAGAUAAGAUAGAGUUGGACACGGGAUUUCGCAAUCCCAACACCAUCUGUAUAUGUAAUUAGAGCGAUUGCAAUCACUCCCACUAUCAAUGUCACUGGUGUAUUACGGGCAAGCAAUGCAAUAACACAUACGAUUCUCUACACUCGAAUUUUGAAUAUCGUGUCAUACAAAGAGAAGGAUUGUCCUAACUCGUGAUUUCUAUACAUUUUUUCUCAAAUUUAUGGGCCGAGAAAUCUAUACUUAUUAGACCAUGAUUAUCCCUGAUCUUUAGUGGGUUUUUAAAAGAAAUAACUGAUUUAAUUAAAUCAAAACUAAUUAAAAAGUAGAUUACCGAUCCUUAAAUUGUGACUUUGGAGACCGAUCUUUAGCAUAGCUUUUCAACCACGUGUCAGCAAAGUAGCAAACCUUUUUUUUUUUUUUUUUUUUUUCACAGCGUUCUCUGGUCGUGCCGUCUCUGUUACUCCCGUCGUCGUCAAAACGCCGUGGACCAGUCACAGCCGAUCUCAGAGCGAUUCAGAGCUCUCUUCUCUCUUCGCAACUUGAAAGGCCCCGGACCUCGCACCACUCUAAUCCUUGGCAGCAGAAGCUCUUGGAACCUUAGUUUAGCUCUUCGACAAGCAAACAAUAUGUGAGACUGUGAGUCAACAAGAUCGAUCAAAUCACUCUCGAGGAAAUUGAGAUUUUGGACAAACUUCCUCAUUACUGUCCUAUCAUGUAAAGACUAUGAAUUCUCCAGGCCAGAAUCCUUCUAAAUCAGAAUCGAAUAUAUUUGUUUGGGGGAUUCAAACUGAAAUGACUUUUUUGGUACACCGUGGACUGAGGAUCGAAAGAGGCGAGUUUAAUUUUUUUUGUUUUAAGAAACUCAAAUUAAGAAACUACCAUUGUAGCUCAAAAAUUAGGUGAUUCUUAACUAAAGUUCUUAGCUACAAUUUAUUAAUUUAAUAGUCAUUAAAGUGUACUUAAGAAACUAUGUGGGAUCCUAGGGAUAAACAUGCUCUUAAGAGCAUGUUUAUAGGCAGCCCUUAAGCUCGUAUCUUAGGUUUAGUUGCAUUAAAAAUAAAAGAAAAACAUGAAUUAAACUAAGCUCCGUCCCUUAAUUAAGAGAGCGAAGGCACGUCCCUUACGAGCCACAUGUCUAUUGUUCAUUGGAUUGAGGAGAAGUGGGUCUGUCGGUUUGGUUUCCUUUUUUUUUUUCCUUUUUUUUCUUUUCCUUCGCUCCUCUCUGCAUUCGUCGAUUUCUCUUCUUCAAGGAGCUUCUCCUCAACGAAACGUCGGCGCUCCCGGAGGCUCUUGUCCAUGAUGGAAAUCGGCGUCCCCUCUAUCAGUUUCUGUCUUCGACCAAGAAAAACGAUGAGAUCUAAAACUCGUGGUGGCUGUCGGAGACGAAGGAGAACGGUGACUGUUUCAAGCGAAUCGAAAGGUCAAACCUUUCUCUCUGCCAGACGAAACCCCCCAAGAUUUUUUAUAAAGAUUGGAAGAACAAGAGGCAUGCUAAGGUUAAGGGAGGAUGAAGAAACUACAGAGUGAUGGUUUCUCGGGCACCGUUGCAUUGUCUUGUGAUAGUAUCUCAAACACAUACCAAUUGUUAAUCAAGGUAAAAGCUAUAGUUGAAGUGAAGUGGUGAAAGCACUGUGAUUUGAUAAAUGGUGAAAGGUCUGUGAUUUUCAGAAGAAGAGUAUAGUUGUUGUUGUAGUCUUGUGUAGUCAGUCACGAGAGAUGUAGUUGUUGUGUGUGUGUGUAGCCAUGAGAAAUGUAUGUGUGUGUGUGUGUCACGAGAGAUGUAGUUGUUGUGUGUGUGUUCUUGUUGUAGUCUUGUGUCAUAAGACACCCUUGUAAUUCACGAGACACACUUGUAAUUCAUAAACAAACUUAAUAAAUCAGAUACCAUUCUUCUCUUUCUCAAAAUAUUAAAUCUCCAUCCUCUUUCUUGUUAUCUCACAUUCUUCAUCUCCAUUUUCUUAACUUGUGUUCUUAUAUACCAUCAUUAAGAAACAACCAAUAAACCAUUAAAAUUAAGGGUCUCUUAACAAACUCUUUUAUCUUAAAUUUAAUAGUUAAAAAUUCACUAAGAACCACUUAAGGGUUUUACCAAUAAACAUGUCUCUUUAUCCCUGUCUCUUAGACAGUUCUCUUCGUGUAAUUGGGAUUUAAAAAAAAGAAAAAAUGUAAUAAUCACAUGAGACGUCUCUUAAUUAAGCACGGGAAGAGACGUCUCUUCUCUUCCUCUCUUUGCCUUCUUCUUUUCGCCUUUCUCUCUUCCUCUCUAUUUCUUCCUCUCCGUCUCGUGCUUCCACAGUUUGUUCACCGUGAAGAUGUCGCUGACGGAGCUAGACGACGGACUGCUACGCAGUAUGGCCACCGGAGCAGUCUUCUCCGACUUCGUAACGGUAUCAAUCAGUUUCAAUCUGAACUUUUACUUUUUCCAAGCUUUGGGGAAGAUUUGCUGUCUACUCUCCAAUUCGUUUUCCAUAAAGUUCGUUUCUUUCCUGCUUAAACAUGGAUGCUUCGAGGUGAUUUCAAGAAAACUUUGUACCUUUUCUAGAUUUGGGGUUAUAUUAGGUAUCUUUGUUUAUAACGACAAAAAAAUUGGAGUAACAAUAUGACUAUAAUGGAGGAGAAGCAGAGUGUCGAGAAUCAUCAUCACCCAAGCAGGCUCGGAAGAUCAAUGGAGAAACAGCAGAGCUUCCGAGGUGUUGCCACUGUAGAGAAUCAGAAACAUGGAGUUAUUAUGGAGAAGCUUCCUAGUUUUGGCAAAGCAGCAACGAUGGAGAGGCAGAAGAGUUUCCGCGGCGGGUUUCUAGAGAAGCAGAAGAGAUUUCGUGUGGUGAUGGAGAGGCAGCUGAGCUUCAUCGGUGAGAGGAGGAAGAAGACUGAGUCGCCAGGGAAGAGAGGUGACUCGCCUCUUCAUAUAGCUGCUAGCUGUCAAAGCAGAAUUUUGAAGGAGAGACUCCUCUUUACACUGCUGCAGAGAAUGGUCAUUCAGCUGUUGGUGAGGAGAUGUUGAAGCGAGCUGAUCACUUUUUCUUUGUUUUGUAGAAAUGUGGUUUUAGUUUGGAGCCUUCACAAGGUACAUCCCUAGAAGCCACCUUCGCACCAGAUGGCAAGUAUGUUCUGUCAGGUAAUAUGGUCAUACAAUUUUCCACAUAAUGAUAGAUUCUUUUUGAUUGUUCUGUCUUUGUUGCCUUUACAUGGAUGGAUCAAGUGACAUGAGUCAGGUUCCAGUUGCAACAGAGGUGGUGAAGUGGAGUGGAGCAUUCACGGGUAUUGGAGUGGAGCAUUCACGAGUGACAGAGAGUUGUUGUUUCAUUGUCUUGUGUCAUUGAGUUGUAAUUGUAUAUUUGCAAUUCACAAAGUAAUCUACUCCAUUCUCUACUUCAACUUAUCUUCACAAGCAAUUAACAACAACUUCCAUCCUUCUCUA